AUGGCCGCAGAGCAUAUCGGCAUGGUCCCUGGCGUCGGCUCGCAGCCUUGCCAGACGUGUCGCUCCGUUUCCAAGAAAAGGUAUUCAUGUGUUCAGUGCAAUAAUCUGUGGUUUUGCGAUGAAUGCUGGUCUGCAUGGAUUCUGCACGCUCCAGGUGCCGUAGGGUGGGGUGGAAAACCACACGAGAAGGCCAAUCCGGAGGUGGUGCAUCGCCUGCGCCAGAUCUUUGAGCCUAUCCGCUCCGAGGCUGAUCAUCAACAAGAAUUGCUAGAUGAUGAGGAGACGGCUUGGUUUGGUUAUGGACGCGACACAUCGGGUCAUCCCGUCUUUCAGGACUAUGGACGGUUUUCCACCGUCAUGGGCGAGAGCCACGCCAGGGAGGUUGCCAUGGAGCGAUACCCGCAGUUGGUGACCUUUAUUGGCGAGACAGGCGCUGGGAAGAGCUCCCUCGUCAAAAUGCUCAUUGAUCGGCACGAUAUUGGAUCGCCCGUUGGGGGCUACUAUCGCACCCCAGUAACGUCCUCUGGUUAUGAUCGACUACCAACAACGGGUGAUGUACACCUCUACCCAGAGCCGUCGACAUACUACAGUGAUACUCCUCUGCUCCUGGCCGACUGCGAAGGUUUGAACGGUGGCGAGAUGCUACCAAAAGCAUUGCGCUAUCAAACCGAAGAGCAAGGGUCACUCGACACCUUUGCCGGGACCUCAAAGGCCCGCCUAGAAGAGGUCAGAAACAGGAAAAUGAGGAAGAGUGUUCCAAGACAGAUCGUUUGGGCCGACACUCCGCAAACCCAGAAGAGAGAGUAUGCUGUAUCAGUAUUGUAUCCCCGAAUUCUAUACUCUUUCAGUGAUGUUGUAGUAUUUGUCCUUCGCAACCCUCGAGCUUUUGAGUCGGUAGUUCUGGAGAAGUUGGUCAGGUGGGGAGCUGAAUCGAUUGACAAGUCGCUCAACCAGCCAGUCCUUCCUCACGCUGUCAUAGUGUUCAAUGCAAGCGAAUUCGUGGAUGACCGGGAGUGGGAUCCGGAGACUGCCACUGCCAUGCUGAUGACAGACAUCAAGGGCGCCAUCUAUAGAGAGCCUGCCCUCAAGCAAUAUCUACAGUCAUGGCUCGACCGUGGCAGACCCAUCACCACUACCGAGGAACUCCUCCAGUGCUAUUAUGCCUCGGUUACAGUGAUGCGACUGCCCGCCCGGGGGCAGUACAUGCUUAUGGAUCAACAGGCCGGUAGAAUGUCAGAUCUCAUCAAGAAAAAGUGUGCCGCGUCACAUCUACAGAAGCGCCAAGUACGAAUGUUGGCGAAUGCCGAGAGGUUACAGGUGUACCUUCAAGCUGCCUUUGACCACUUCACGCGAGACCUCAGUACCCCGUUUGAUUUCGUUAAAGAGGCAUUGAAGUAUAGCCCAUCUCCCAGGGACUUUGGUGGGAAUAUACUAAGCCUUGCCGUGUCGAUCAAGGAGCGCGCCACCGAUGAAGCAGUGCGAACCAAUGCGCAAGAGAUCUUCCACAGGUUGGGGCCCAUGAUUGCCACGUGUGUCAUGUUUGAUGCGGUUCGGCAAAGUCUCAUGGGAACUGCAGCGCAACUACUCGAUGAUGCUUACGCCGAACCCUGUAUAGCGGCGCUCCAUCGAUUUGCGGACAUGCACUGGCCAUGUGCUUACCGGCGAGGGAACUCGACACGGCCAGAGGAUCGUUGUUGUAAUGUGAAGAUUGGCCACAACCCCAAAGGUCACCAGAACUCUCGUGGUGCCAUUAUUGGCCACGGAAGUUACCAGUCAAGCUUUGACGCGACUACUUUUGGUGGUGAUUGGGCACAUGUCAUUCGUGAGAACCUUCUCAAACUGCAGACAGCAGUCUUUGACUUGGGUGAAAAGCUGCCCGGGCGCACAGAGCUUCAGGUUGCAGGCCUGAUACACCGGGAACGCAUCAAUGAGUUCUACAGGUCAUUGGGCAAUGCUUCAGACUUCAUCAGUCACGUUGCUUGCUUCUCAUGCCUUCGCGAGCUACCGGAAUGUGCCUUGCCCUGCGGCCAUAUCUUGUGUCUACCAUGUGUCAAGACCUAUGGCAAGAAGACGUCGAAAACGACGAUUGAGAUCACGAGAUGCCCGCUUCAUGUUCAAGAUGUCAUCGCAAACCCUCCUUGGGUUAUACCAAUCAAACCAGCACGAGCCGGGGUCCGAAUAUUGUGCCUAGACGGCGGUGGAGUUCGGAGUAUCGUUGAGCUGCAAGUGCUCAAAGCUAUCAAGAAGGUCCUGGGACCAAGACUGCCGUUACAGCUAUUCUUUGAUCUCAUCAUCGGAAGCGGAACUGGUGGAAUGAUUGCCCUGGGACUAUCUGUGAAAAAUUGGUCUGUCGAAGAAUGUAUCAAAAGAUUCAAGGAGCUGUCCUCGGAUGCCUACUCUCCUCGCGAGCUAACUGGAGUCCCCAUGUUGGAGAACCUGGCCGUUUUCUAUCACGGAAGCAUAUACAAGACGAGACCAUUCGAGCGAGGCUUGAAGAUGAUGUUUCAGGAGCAACCUCUGUUCGGUGGAGCGGCAAAUGGCCAACGAGAAACCCCGACUAAGGUGGCAGUUCUUGGUACGACGGCUCUCGAGCAGCGUUCGGUUGUCUUUGCAAACUACAACCGGCAAGACUUUUCAGACGACAAACUCCCAUACAAAUUCCUACGGUCCAGCGUGCCCAAUGACGACAUGAAAGUCUGGGAAUCUGCAAGAGCAGCAGCAGCUCAGCCUCCUUUGUUCAAACCUUUCCAAAAGGCCGAGACAAAGAUAAGCUAUACUGGCACUGCACCGAGCUACAAUUGUCCUGCAAUCAUUGCAGACUACGAAUCCAGCCUCAUCUGGAGCGACAUGAAGGAUGCACCGGCUGACGUCCUUUUAUCUAUUGGGUCCGGUAAGAAUAUCAAGGACAAUACUCCAGCCCAACUUUCACCGAUAAACACCAAUCUCAACACUGUGUCACGGAGGAACACGCUCAACACAUCGAGGCCGCUACGAACCAAUGCAAGUGUCAACAAGUUGGAUGAUUACUCGAGCAACGAUAAGAUUUGGGAUCGCUUUAUCCGGUCAAAAUCUCUUCCAAAGUCCUUCAUCUCGACGGAAGAGAUACGGCAGCGGUACAUUCGUAUCAAUCCAGCUCUGGACAUGAAAAUUCCCAAGCUUGACGCAGCUCGAAAAGUCUUUGAGUUGGAACGGGAAGCCCGGGAAGUACUCCAGUCGAAUGAAGGGCUGGUCAAGGAGUCUGCCCACAGACUGAUCGCUAGCUCAUUUUUCUUUGAGAAAACCCCAGGAUCUGUCAAGCAGACUGCAUUGUACGGGUACGAGUGUGAAGGCACAAUACACUGCAGAUUCCCUGCCGAGUCGGAUGAGAUAAGAGCCUUGGGCGAAUUCCUCCGCGCAACACUGAGUGGGGAAUUCGAGCCUUACUUUCUGCUCGAGGAAGAAGUACCGCGGUCAGAGCCGAUCCGCAUAACCUUGAGCGAGGAUGCUAUUCACGACAUGUGCUACAAGGGAAUUUUUGAAGUCGAAACUCUAUUCGUCCAAGUCCAGCGUGAACUUGCAACAACCAGGGUGUCUCUAUGCCUCCAAAGCGAUCCUUAUCCAUCUGGUGUGACUGUGCUGCCAAUCAGCGGCUUUCCACGGCAGCUCAUUAGCGAAGACAAGGCGGACCGUAAUGGCAAGUCGUAA